AUGGUCGAUCCGACAUAUCCUCUCUUUCCUCUCUUUGCUUUUCUCGGGUUUGUCUUGGCCCUCGUUCCCCUUCCAUGGCACCUCGAAGCCUGGAAUUCCGCGACGUGCUACUACAUGAUGUGGGCAUCGCUAGCCUGCCUGAACGAGUUCGUGAACUGUGUUGUCUGGGCUCGCGAUGCGAUAGAUCAUGCACCAGCAUGGUGCGAAAUCUCGACGCGCCUCACCAUCGCCGCGUCCGUAGGCAUCCCUGCGGCCUCGAUGUGUAUCAACCAACGAUUGUACAAUAUUUCCCGAGUGCAGGCGGUAAUGGUCACGAGAGCAGAGAAACAACGUGCGGUACUCAUCGAUUCCCUUAUAUGCGUGCUAUUCCCUAUCAUCGUCGUGGCACUUUCAUACAUCGUGCAAGGACAUCGAUACAACAUUCUCCAAGAGCUGGGCUGCUUCCCCGCGCUCUACAAUACCCUCCUAACGUAUUUCUUGGUAAACUGGUGGCCUCUCGUACUUGGGCUCAUCGCAUCUGUAUACUGUGUACUCUCCCUUCUCGAGUUCAACCGGCGCAGGGCGCAGUUCAACGAGUUUCUCGCUUCCAAGAGCUCUUCGCUCACUCUGGGGCGAUACUUCCGUCUUAUGGCGCUUUCUACGACCUCUCUGCUCCUCAUGGUCCCCAUCUCGAUCUACGGCAUCUAUCUCAACGCCACGACGCAACCUCUUGGGCCCUGGAUCAGCUGGUCCGACACGCACUUCGACUUCGGACGCGUCGAGCACAUCCCAGCGGUGAACUGGCGCAGCAGCCAGACGUCCAUCACCGUCCACGAGCUCAAUCGCUGGCUGUCCCCCGCCUGCGCCAUCAUCUUCUUCAUCUACUUCGGCGUCGCUAGCGAGGCGAGGCGCAACUACCACAAGGCGUUCUGGUUCGUCAUGGGCAAGUUCGGCGUUAAGCCGCGAUCCAGCAACGAGAAGAGCGGCCUUCAAUCGCUUGGGUGA